CUGAUUACAGCAUUCAACCCAUCCACGUGCACAGCAAAGCACACACAACAACAGAACGCACGCUGCACCUGCUGCGCCUGCCUGCUUCCUGUUGUGGUUGGUUUGACAACACCAACUUGUACCUCUUCCUCUCUCCCUCUCUCCCUCUCUCCCUCUCGGUCACAUCAACCAGCACGCCUUGAUCUUGUUGUUCCUUCUGUUUGGCCGCAACGAUGAAGGUGGACUUUAAGCUGUCCAACCUGGCGUUUCUUCCAGAUGGCAACUCCAUCUGCAGCCCUGUCGGCAACCGCGUCGCCAUCUUCGACCUUGUCAACAACAAGUCUCGCACCUUCCCGCAUCAGACCCGUGCCGAUAUUGCUGUGAUUGCCGUGUCCCCCAAUGGCAAGCUGCUAAUGGCCGUCGAUGUCGAUGGGUACGCCGUCCUCAUCAACAUCCCGCGCAACGUGCUGCUGCAUCGCAUCAACUUCAAGUCACGCGUGCGCGCCCUCAAGUUCAGCCCCGACGGCCAAUACUUUGCGGUGACCCACGGCAAGAAGCUGCAGGUGUGGAGGACGCCAGGGCUGGAGUGCCAGUUCAACCCCUUUUCCCUGCACCGCACAUACACGGGCCAUUCUGAUGACAUCAUCUCGCUGGACUGGUCGCACGACUCGCGCUACGUUGUCACGGGCUCGCUCGACUGCACGGCGCGUGUGUUUACGCUGCAGACGCUGCGCGGAUACCGCCCCUGUGUGCUGGCGUCGCACAAGUCGCGGAUUGUGCAGUGCGCCUUCUUCAAAGACUCAUAUGACAUUGAGACGGUGAGCCACGACGGCACGCUCGUCAUCUGGAAGUGGCAGGAGCGCGAGCUCAAGAUUGAGCGGGCGCCGCUGAAGAAGGCAUUGUCGACGCGGCGGUCGCGGGCAAUUGUGCAGGCGGUGAGGAGCAUGAGGCAGCAGCAGCGCUUGGAGGAGCAGGAGGCAAGGAAGAAGGCAGCUGGUGGUGCCGCUUUCGCCCCGGGACAGAACGGCGAUGGUGCUGAUGGCAAUGCGAUCAAGGAGGAGGAGGAAGAUGAAGAUGAGAGGGAGGCUGCCAGUGGCGAAGAGGACAACACCAGCGAGGGCAGCAGUGAUGAUGAUGGUGAGGAGGACGUGGAAGGGAGCGAAUCGGAUGGAGAUGCCGAUGAUGAAGACGGUCGUGAUGAUGGUGAUGACGAUGACAGUGAUGGUGGCAGUGAUGACGACGACGACGACGACGCGACGGAUGCCGGCGCGAAGCGAUCGCGAGCGGCCGAGCGUGUUGAGGUGAUUGUGUCCACACUCCCCUUCUGGUCCGUCCCAGCAAACGGCAGGCACUACUUUCGCCAGGGCAGCGCAAGGGUGACGUGUGCUGUGCUGCACAAGGGAUCGAGCAUUCUCACUGUCGGCUUUUCCAACGGCGUGUUUGGUCUCUACGACCUUCCAGAGUUCAACAACAUCCACACCCUCAGCGUGAGUCAAAAGAGGAUCACCGCUGCGGACAUCAACGCAUCCGGCGAAUGGCUUGCACUCGGGUGCUCGCGGCUUGGGCAGCUGCUGGUGUGGGAGUGGCAGUCGGAGUCGUAUGUUCUCAAGCAGCAGGGCCACUUCUACGACAUGGAUGUCCUCACAUACAGCCCUGAGGGCCACGUCAUUGCCACCGGUGGCGCCGACGGAAAGGUCAAGCUCUGGAACACAACGUCUGGAUUCUGCUUCGUCACAUUCAAGGAACAUGCCGGCGGCAUUACUGGGCUGACGUUUACGCCCAACGGGAUGGCUGUGCUGUCGUCGAGUCUUGACGGGACGGUGCGCGCGUUUGAUCUCAUGCGCUACCGGAACUUCCGCACGUUCGCCACGCCAGAGCCCACCCAGCUGUCGUGCGUUGCUGUCGACCCGAGCGGGGAGCUGGUGUGCGCUGCGAGCCAGGACUCGUUUGAGAUGUAUGUCUGGUCCAUGCAGACUGGAAAACUCGUCGACGCCCUCACAGGACACACGGCACCUGUGAGUGCCGUGAAGUUCCACACGGAGCAGGCAGUGCUGCUGUCCACCUCGUGGGACGGCACAUUGCGCAUCUGGGAUAUCUUUGAGAGCAAAGGCCAGCGCGAAGCUCUUGAUCACGGGUCGGAUGUUGUGUGCAUGGCGCAGCGCAGCGACGGCAAGCAGCUCGUCACCUCCACCCUCAAGGGCUUCAUCACAUUCUGGGACUACCACAAGAUGAUCGAGCUCGGUUCGCUGGACUGCCGCCGGGACAUUCGCAACGGGCGGCGGGAUACGGAUCUUGUGUCGUCCAAGCACAUGAACCAGGCCCUCUGCUGGACCUCCCUCGCCUACUCCCCGGACGGAUCGUGUGUCCUCGCUGGCGGUCGCACAAAGCUCGUGUGCCUGUAUUCGGUUGAGCAGCAGGUGCUGCUGGCGUAUUUCUCCGUCAGCGAAAACCUCUCCAUGGACGGCAUCAAGUCGAAGCUCAACAGCAAAUUCAACACAGAGUUUGGGCCGCUCGCGCUGAUUGACGCCGAUUCGGAUUCAGACGUGGAGGAGCGCGUCGGCCAGUCCCUGCCAGGCGUCACCUCCGGCGACCACAGCACGCGUCGCACCCGGCCAGAGAUCCGCACGAAGAGCGUUGCCUUCAGCCCCAGCGGCCACGCCUGGUCUGCCGCCACGACAGAGGGUCUCAUCACAUUCUCCCUCGACGACGGUGUCCAGUUUGACCCGUACGACCUCGAUGUCGACGUGACGCCGGCUACUGUUCGCGAAAUCCUCGCUGAGAAGGACUUCCCAAAGGCCCUCUCAAUGGCCUUCAGGUUGAGUGAGCAGGCGCUUGUGCAAGAGGUGCUGGAGACCAUCCCACCGUCGGCCGUGAAGGUUGUUGUGGAGCUGCUGCCGGUUGUGCACAUUGAGCCGCUUCUCCGCGCAAUCGCACGCCUUCUUCCUUCCACUCGCCACCUUGCAUUCUACAUGACGUGGGUGAUGCACGUGUUCAAUGUGCACGGGCGACGGCUGCGGGAGGAAUCGGCGACGAUGCAGGCCGUCAUGCGCGAGCUGCAAAAGGCCAUUACAGAGCACCACAAGACGCUUGGCAGCCUCUGCGAUGACAACACGCACAUGCUCUCGUUUGCCUCGCACAUGCUUGUUGCUGCGCAGCAGCGGCAGGAGGAGGGCGAGAUGGAGCUUGAGUUUGGCGCAGACGAGCGCCUGACCGGUGGUGGUGAUGAUGAUGAUGAUGAUGAUGAUGAGAAGGGUGCCGUUGAUGCAUAGAUACAGACUUGUGGGGACCUGAGGUGUUGUUUUGCGUGCUGUGUGUGCUGUGUGUGUUCUGUUGUGCGUGGUGGUCUGAAAGUAAAAACGUGUAACGGGA